AUGGACCAGUACCGCUGUCAACUUUGGCAGCUUCCACGCUGUCUCUACCGGGUCCAAUACCCAGCGUCUCGAACAACUCACGACUCCAGUGGAUUGAAAGCUCAAGAUACCACCAGCGUGUACAAGAAAUGGGGUUCCGAUGAUGAAUUUAUGCAAGCAAUUCGGAAUCUGUUUACAUGGGCCUGCAAAGACAGCACACCCUUUAUUUCAUUCUUUUCGGACGAAGAACACGCUAUCAACUGGGGCUGUAAACUAAGAGACUGGGAUAAAUGUUCCAGUCGAGAUGACUGGACUCUUCUUACCAUCUACACACAGUUUCUUAAAUCUACCUACGUGUACAAACUGAGCACGCUCAUCGACUACACAGGCGUUCGAAUUCCUGUACCAGCGGAGAAAUCACACAAACGAGGGGCCUAUAUCUGUUUGCAUGGCAUCCCGACUUUUGCCAUUGUUUGCGUGAGAAAUGGAAGCAACGUCAGGGCAGCCAGGGUUGUAAGCUACCUACCUUCUUCCUGUCAAUAG